GGAGGCACAACUGCUUCCACAUCCCUCCUCAGAGCUGUCCCUUGGCUUGGGGGUGAAUUUCAGGCCAACAGGGCUGCCUGGGAUACAAGAGCGUUCUCCAUGGAUCUUCCUUACUACCACGGCCCUCUGACCAAGCGAGACUGUGAAACCUUGCUGCUCAAGGAAGGGGUGGAUGGCAACUUUCUGUUAAGAGACAGCGAGUCGAUACCAGGAGUCCUGUGCCUCUGUGUCUCGUUCAAAAACACUGUCUACACAUACCGAAUCUUCAGAGAGAGACAUGGGUAUUACAAGAUACAGGCUGCGGAAGGUGUUCCAAAACAGGUCUUUCCAAACCUAAAGGAACUGAUCUCCAAAUAUGAAAAACCAAACCAGGGGCUGGUGGUUGGCCUUUUAAAGCCAGUAAAGAGAACCAGCCCCAGCUUGAGAUGGAGAGAAACAAAAUCGGAGUUGGAAACAUUUAUGAACAGUAACAGCGAUUAUGUGGAUGUCUUGCCUUGAAGAUAAGGCUGCUGGACAAAGCAAGUUGAAGAGAUGGGUGACAGUUCUCACUGGUGACCCACUUCUGCAGGCAUAGGUCCAAAGCACCAAACUCUAGUGGAC